AUGAACCACCUUCCACAAGCUUGGGGUCGUCCUAGAGACGAUGUAUACGGCGCUUACGACCCUUCACACUUCUCCGCUGCAGGCCCGAACCAGCAUACCCAGAGCCCGAUCGUUACCGGUACCUCAGUACUUGCGGCCAAGUUCAAGGAUGGCGUAGUCAUUGCCGCGGACAACUUGGGUAUGGCACAAGACUAUGGUUGA